GAGCUACACUAUUAUUUAUGUAUAGCUUAAUGAUACUACCUAGCUGUGCAAACUGAAAUAGGUAGAACGAAAUUUUAACUCAUGACCUAAUGGUAACAAGUUGAAUGCUGUAAUCAAUAAGCUAUCACCACUGUAAAUAACAAAGAAAAUGUGGUGACUUAGUGUUAAUUUCAACAACCACCAUCAUUUUUUGAGUGUUUACUAAGACCCUUUAAAUAAUACUUGAAAUGGUCAUCAUAUAAAGAAGUGAUAAUUAUAUAUAUUGAAAAUAAAUUGAAAAGUAUUCAGUUCAUUCUUCAAAUUAAUUAAGUAAACUGUUACGUGGAAAACAACUAGCUGGUCGGAAUUACUUCAUUUGAAAACACACCAAAACAAUAUAUAUCAAAAAGAUACAAUUGAUGGAAAGAAUAACCAAAUUUGACUAAAUAAAUCCACAACUCGUUUUUCGGGAAUUCCCCACUUAUGGAACAGAAAACAUUGGAUACCACUUAUACUGCUGACUAUGAUCUUUAUCAUAAUGUCGAUGAUAAUAGCAGUAACAAAAGUAGUAGUAGUAGAAAAGAAAAUGAAAGGAUAAUUGGGUAUAACACUGAACUUUUAGAUAAAUCUAAUCAACAAUUAUUUUCAUUGGAUCUUGAAUCUAAUAGUGAUAACUUGACAAAAGAAGAUUCCUUAUUGGAAUAUGAUGAAACGAAUAAUAUUUUAUCAAAGCAUAAAUUAAAAUUCAAUUUAAUGCUUUCAAAAUAUUCUAAAUCUAUUCAUCGUCAAGAUUCCAAUUAUCAUCAGUUAAAUUCUUCUAUUAAUGAACUGGAUACUACCAAUGGGGAACUAGAUAAAAGUAUUAUUCUUUUUCACAAUGAUUAUGAUAAGAAUGAUAAUUGCAAUGUUAGUAUCAACCAUGGUACUGUUAACGGUGUGAUAACUGAUGAUAUCGGUCAUAUCAUUGCAUCUAUUAAAAUAACGGUCUGUGAAUAUCGAAAAUUUGCACAAUACUAUUGGAAUAACCUAAAAACCUUUUAUGUCUGUUGCUAUAUCAAGCCGAAAUGAGUUAUUCUAGAUGACGGACACAUCGAUCAAUUUAUUCAAUGAGUCACAUUUUGAUCUUGUCAUUUAUUCGCGUGUAUAUGUACCGUUCACCUUAUUCAUCACAUAUUUUUGGCUUAUUUUUGUCUUACCAUAAACAUACAGUCACGCUUUACCAAAACGAGUUGCAAAGCAAAUUGCCUUCUCCGCUUUACUCUCCUGCUUUUUAUUGUG